AUGAUUGAAAAACAUCCUAUCCGUAUCGGAAAUGUCUCCGGUGCUACUGGUGACCAUCCGCAUGCCAUGCAGCGCAUGGUGCGGUCCGGCAAUGUGGACGUCAUCACCGGGGAUUGGCUGUCCGAGAUGAACAUUGCGUGGAACGCCAUCACCCGGCAGGAAGUGGAUGAGACCCUGGGCUAUGAGAAUGGUUUCUUUGAGCAGCUCGAAGAAUGCAUCGACGAUAUCAUCUCCCAGAACAUCAAAGUAGUCACCAACGCCGGCGCACUCAACACAUUAGGUCUCUACAACAAAGUAAGGGACCUAUGCCAGCGAAGAGGCCACGGAGACACCGUUGUUGCGGCUGUCUUGGGAGAUGAUGUUUCUGAUUUGUUUGCCAAGGGUGGCAAGGAUCAACCCACAGGUGUUGUCCACCUUGACCAUCCGGAUAUGUCGGUCGAUGACUGGGAAUUCACACCCUGCGCCGCCAAUGCCUAUAUCGGUUGUUGGGGGAUCGCAAAGGCCCUGGAAGCUGGUGCUUCAAUCGUGCUCUGCGGCAGGUGCACCGACGCUUCACCUGUCAUGGGUGCUGCGGCAUGGUACUAUGGCUGGAGGGAAGACCAAUAUGAAGAGCUAGCCGGCUCGCUGCUCGCCGCGCAUCUCAUCGAAUGUGGACCGUACGUCGUUGGCGCAAACUUUUCCGGCUUCAAGGACUUCCUUCCCGAGCUGGUAGACCUUGCAUUCCCAGUUGCGGAGAUUGACUGGCGCGGCGGAGCAGUCAUUACCAGGACGGGCGAAGGGGGCGGUCAUGUCACCAAGGAGACAGUCACCGCGCAGAUGCUCUACGAGCUGCAAGGUCAUCUCUACCUCAAUCCCGAUGUCGUUGCAGACCUCUCAAAUGUGAGGAUCGAGACUCAGGGCACAGACAGGGUGGCUGUAAGCGGAGCGAAAGGCCUCCCACCUCCACCUACUACCAAAGUCAUGGUUGCCGGCAAGGGCGGGUACCAGGCUGAGGCCACCUUCUACCUCAACGGCCUGGAUGUAGCAGAGAAGGCUACGAUGAUGAAGAAUCAACUUGCCCAUGCCUUUCAAAACAGCAACUUCAGCAAGCUUAGCAUUGAACUAUACGGAACGCAGGCGGAGAACCCUUCGUCCCAGCAGGCGGGAACUGUGUGCCUGAGAGUCUUUGCUCAAGCCCGUAGACAGGAAGACAUCGCCGCAAGCAAGUUCAAAGUUCCGAUCUACGCCAUACGCAUGCAGUCAUAUCCCGGGUACCAUAUGAACCUCGACUUCCGCACGAUGGAGCCCCGGCCGUUCAUGGAGAUGUUCCCGGGGCUUAUUCCGCUGGCGGUAGUCGACCACCGUGUCCAGCUGAACAAUGGUAGUAGCAUCGCUGUAAACCCGCCAAAGAAUACGGCAGUAUAUCCGGUCGAGCGGCCUUCUUCCGACACAUCGAGCCCGAUCGACCUGUUGUCGCUGGGCCCCACCGAGUUUGCGCCGCUCGGCAGCAUCGUCCACGCCAGAUCCGGAGACAAGGCCAACAACUCCAACGUCGGGUUCUUUGUUCGCCACGGGGACGAGUAUGCUUGGUUGAGAACUUUGAUGAGCGUCCAGAAGUUGAAGCAACUUCUGGGAGACGACUGGUUCAAGAGUGAUCCCAACCGACGAGUCGAGCGCGUAGAGUUCCCGCAGAUCAAUGCGGUACACUUCCGCAUUCUUGACAAUCUCAACGGAGGAAUCGCGUCAUCAGAUAGAAUCGAUGGGCUGGGUAAGGGAAUCGGCGAGUACCUACGUAGCAAGUACGUUGACGUGCCUAAAGUAUUCUUGGAACGGGGUCGCAUAUGA